AAAGCUCCUGGUACCAACCUCCACAAGGUGGAACUCAUUUUUUGAUGCUUUGAAGAGGGUUACAGAAAUCCCCAUGAAUGAGCUGAAUACUCUGUGCACAAAGCUGGGAGUGAAAUGCUUCAAAGAGAGAGAAUACCAAUUCCUUAAUGAAUACUGCACGGCCACAAAGCCCCUGACUGUGGCUCUGGACAUUCUCCAAGCAGACUGUCCUUAUGGAACUUUAUUACCAACACUGGAAGUCCUGAUGCAGAGGACCCUGGCUGUCAAAGAUGCCCUUUCCACCAUGACCGCAGGCCUUCCAGAUGCUAUAGUGCAGGCGGUCAAGACCCGGUUUGGUGAUCUCCUGCAAGACAGAGAUGCCCUUCUAGCAGCUGUGAGCUGCCCAAAAUUCAAACUCAGGUGGCUGAGAGAUGCCGAUAGGAGGGAGCAAGUCAAACAGCUUCUAACCGAAGAAUGCCGCGCAACUGCUCCUCCAAUACAGAGCUCUGCCAGUGUGGCCAACACAGUUGUCACCCAGGGUGAGAUGGACUUCUUCAAUUUUGAGGCAGAGCCAGAGGAGACCUACUCUGCAGAAAAGGAGGUCAUGAACUACCUGAGCUCAUCCCAUGAUCUGCAGAUCCUGCAUCAGUUUACAAACAUCAAGAAGAUCUUCAUGAAGUAUAACACUCCAACCCCAUCCAGUGCUCCUGUGGAGCGUCUCUUCAGUCUGGGGGGUUUGGUACUCACGCCAAGAAGAAAUAGACUGUCUGACCAGAGGUUUGAAAAGCUUCUGUUAAUGAGGUACAAUCAGUGGUUUACCUGCCCCACCCCACAGUUCCUUGCAUAAAUACAACUAAGUGAAGUCAUGAAUACAGA